AUAAUAAGCUGGUUUAAAAGUCUCAUCUCAUCAGGCUACACGGAUCUCUGAUUUCAAAAUACAAGGAUCUCUCUCUCUCUCUCUCUCUCUCUGAAGUCAAUCUCCGGGUUAAGCAGAUGAUGACAUAGAACUCUCUAUGGUGGACAGUAUUGGUACGAAAUGAGCUCCAAUAGUUCAAAUGAGGACUGCCUUGGAUGGGCGGCGAGAGACCCAUCUGGAGUUUUGUCACCUUACAAAUUCAGCCGCAGGCUUCUUGGACAUGAUGAUGUUUCACUAAGGAUUACACACUGUGGAGUUUGCUAUGCUGAUGUUGCCUGGACUAGGAAUAAACAAGGACAUUCUAAGUAUCCCCUAGUACCCGGCCACGAAAUUGUCGGAAUUGUAAGGGAAGUUGGUUCAAAUGUCAAGCGGUUCAGAGUUGGUGACCAUGUUGGAGUGGGGACCUAUGUUAACUCAUGCAGAGAGUGCGAUUAUUGUAAUGAUGGUUUAGAAGUUCACUGCAUGAAGGGAGCAGUCUACACUUUUGACGGUUUUGAUGUUGAUGGCACCAUCACUAAAGGAGGAUACUCUAGUUUCAUUGUUGUGCAUGAAAGGUACUGCUUCAGAAUACCAGACAAUUACCCAUCAGCUUUAGCAGCGCCAUUGCUAUGUGCUGGAAUUACUGUUUACACUCCCAUGAUGCGCCAUAACAUGAACCAACCUGGGAAGUCUUUGGGUGUGAUUGGGCUUGGUGGUCUUGGUCACUUGGCAGUGAAGUUUGGGAAAGCUUUCGGAUUGAAUGUGACGGUUUUUAGCACAAGUAUAUCAAAGAAAGAGGAAGCUUUGAUUCUGCUUGGAGCAGAUAACUUUGUGCUCUCAUCUGACGAACAACAGAUGAUGGCCCUGGCUAAAUCAUUGGACUUCAUUAUCAACACAGCAUCUGGUGAUAUUCCAUUUGAUCCAUACAUGUCGCUAUUGAAGACUGCUGGUGUUUUGGUCUUGGUGGGGUUCCCAAGUGUAGUGAAACUCAGUCCAGCUAGCCUUAUCUUGGGUAUGAAAACCAUUUCGGGAAGUAUAACUGGAGGCACAAAACAGACUCAGGAAAUGUUGGACUUCUGUGCUGCCCAUAAAAUUUUCCCCGAGGUUGAAAUAAUUCCAAUUCAGUAUGCAAAUGAAGCUCUUGAGAGGCUCAUAAAGAAGGACGUGAAAUAUCGGUUUGUGAUUGAUAUUGAGAACUCCCUUAAGUGACACCUGAAGGGGAAUAGUAUUUUGUCAAUGCAUACAUCAGUCGUUUACAUGAACUGGAGUUGCCAUGAAGCCUGUAGGUUUACAUCUACUUUGUACCGGAGAUUAUUGAGGAACCAUGUUCUGUAUCUUGUUAUUAUUUAUAGUUAUUAAAAUUUGCUCAGGCGAAGCAAAUUUAUUCUAAAGAUAAAAUGUGUAUGUUGAAUGACAAUUCUCCGUUUAUUGAACAAACUGAAACACCGAUAUCUUUCGUCUCU